GCCACCGCGAGUACAACGCGCGUGACCCGCGCGUGAUGGCCACUCACCUUUUCACAGAAGCCAAAACUGCAAAAUAAAGAGCGGCAAUUUGUAAAUACAUGGUCAAUUUACACGUUUAAAAAAGCAAAAGAGCAAAAAGCUCUUCAUAAAAGCCUACCUUAACAUUUUAUGUAAUUUAUCCGGCUGCAUUCCGUUGCCAUCGUCGGUAAAGGUCAAGCAGAGAUUGCCAUGAAUUCGUAGUUUGUCGAUCCAUAGUUGACUUGCUUUCACGUCCGGGUCGUAUGCAUUAUCUGCGACAAAUAUACCAAUAUUUUAAAGGCUUUCGUAUGGAUUUUUCCAGUAAUAAAUGCAUUUUAAAACAAUGGUCCUCAAUAAUAUCUAUUUUGUUUAAAGAACACUGUUUAUAUGCUCGCUAAACGUACCUAUCAAUUCAGCAAUGGCGCUGAACGGCCAUGUGUGACUAGUCGAAUUUGUGUGCAAAUACUUCGGGCUCAGCUGCAAAGAUUAACAACAAAAGUUAACGUAAGAAUUUGCGGUGAGAUUGUGCACAAUGUUUCAAUUUUUUUACUCACCGAACUUUGGAGAAUUCCAGUCGCAGCAGUUUUCAGUAUUGGGGAAGAAGACGACGCCAUAUUUGAUAAAUCCCGCAAAUUUUUCCUGUUUACAAAAGCCGCGAAACAACAAGAAAGAACGAGGACUAUGUUGUGAUAAAUCACGGGUAUCUGCCCUGGGUACGUCAUCGAGAUUUCGACCAAUAGCAGACGAGUACGACAGUUUUAACACCUUCUGAUUGGUCCGUUGUGUUUGAUAUCCCGGUGAUCUUUUGGGGCGUUUACAUUGCCCAUCAUUCCUUGCGGUCAUUCAUGAUUUCUGUAGCAAUGGGGAUAACCGCUGAGCGUUGCUAAGGCUGAAGGCGCAGCUCAAAUCACUGGCGCAGUAAAAAAAGUCCUGGGAACAAGGUUAUGUCUGGAUUAUGUUUCACUUUCUUUUAGUGAAAAUUUUUUGAAUUCCAAAUAGUUUAUUCAUAGAAUUCUUCGAAAUGUAUUUGUUAUGAAUACUUCAACAGUUAGAUAGGCAAAAUUCUUAGAAUUCAAACUGUGCAUAUUUCAAUAUUCAGUCAGUAGGGAUCUACACCGCUCAACGUAUAUAUAAAUUGAUGAAAUGACGUCACAAAGAGAUAAUUUCUACGAACUCAUAUAUCCUCUUAUUUCUGGAAAAAUUCUAAUUGCUUUCUAAUUCUAGCUAUUUCCGAUGGUACUGCCAGUCAUUACUGGAAAAGAAUGUAAGUCAAAACUGUCUGUUCGACAAUUCUCAGAUUUUCAAUUUCCACCAAUCAACGACGCGUCUGAUAACAAAUUAAAUCGCGUAUGGAGCACCGUUUGCAGUGGAUUUCUGAAAACUGAAUCAAAGAUUAAACAAUGUGCUUCUUUUCUGUGCAAAAACAAAACCGAAAAUAAAGAAAUCGCAGAAAGAGAUUUUCACCUACCGUCAAUAUUUCAAGGGAAUGCUAAGAAUAUCUUAAAUGAAGAACGCUCUCUGAAAGAAAUGGUUGCUAGUAAACCAACUAUUGAUUAUAUGGAACAGUCACUGAGCAAUAAAGGUACAGAAAGUUUGUGUGGUCUAAUUUUGACAUGGAAAAUGGUAUGCAGGUGUAGCUUUCAUCUCUAAUUCCUAGAAAUUAUAAUCAUGCUUCCAGUGGACUCCUGGCAGAUCCUCUGGACAAUUUUGAAGUAAUCAGUACUAUUCAGUUACAGUAAAAUAAAAUUAGUGUAAGUGUCCUGUAGAAUUGAUGGGUAAAUCGUCUUUAUUAUCUUUAGAUUCCAUCAAUUUAAUAAACGUAAUCCCUAGAAGAGAAUCCAUCAAGAAUUCGAGAAACAACAUGAAACAACUUCGGAAACAACAAGCGCACAUUUCACGUAAUAACUUUUGCACAAUCUCUGUAAGUUGGUGUGGGCGCAACUCGCGCGCGUGUUAUACGCGACGCGAACUUACCGAUAUUUUUACCGCAUUUGGACCAGUAAAAAACGUGCGUUUUCUGUCCCCACGUAAUGCAGAAAUCGAGUUCGUGUGGCUGGGUAGUGCAUGUUUAGCAGUCCGUGCGCCCAGGGUUCGCCUGCCUGGGAAAGUAGCACUGUAUCGUCAGUGGGCUGAUACAUCGAUGCAGAGACAAUUAUGGUGUAAAAAAGAUUCUCACGCAAAAUGAUAUAUACUCUAUCUAUCCAUUAAAAAUUUCAACGAUGGUUUGUUUUAUACUUUGAUUCUCACUAUAUGAUAAUUCCUGACAUAUGUACAUGGUGUUUUUAAAUAAGUUUUAAAUAGAACGGUAUAUAAUACUAAUAUUUACAAAUUCAGUUUCGUAGAAACUGCACUAACUAUUGGUUAACAUAACGCAUAACACCACUAAUUUAAGAUUUCGAAAACAUCUGAAAAUCUUAUGCAGGCAACUGCUUUUAAAGGUACGUUAAGGUACGUUUACACGCUGCAACGUGUCAUGUGCGAUUCGUAUUUUGGCGUUUGUAAUCGAAUAAGUACACGUAAAGUGGUUGCAUUUCAACCAAAUGAAGAGGAAUUGUGUCGUCAGUAAUAAUUUUCACGUCAAAUCGCAGUGUGUAAACGUAUCUUAAACAACUAGCUGUUUCCUGGUUUGCCCAGCUUUGGUAAUCAUGACUUGGUAACAGUGUUUUCUAGUUUGCCCUGACCUUGCUACUGGUCACUCCAGGCUACACAUACGUCUCCUCGGCCAUGAUCAUUCGCUGGUAGUCAUCCAUAUCCUCAUCGUCACCGAUCACGUGCCCCCAUUCACCAUGAGCCUUCGUUAUGAGGUUAGCGGCUUCCGUGCUAAUUCUCAACGGAUUUGCAUACCCUGACACGUCAAGUAAGUCCCGGAUAUGUUUAAGUCGCGUUACGUCAAGUUUCUCUGAAUCGCUUGUAUCCAUGAUGUCGUCAACACUUGACAACGAUGAGAUAGAGGUUUCACUUCCGGUGCUCAUUUUCGGAACUGAUCGUUCGCUACUCGCCGGAGACACGUGACACGAGCCCGAGGAAUGUCCUAGGGAGAGGUUAGAGGUGUAGUUCGUGUUUGAAUAAUGGCCUGGUGUAGGGGUAGUGUGUGUUUGAGAUGGAUCCAGGUCUGAUUCAGCAUUUAGCAUUAGACCGACUUUAGUCUCCGUAGCUUUACUUCCGCCCGGAACUUUAUUCCCGGCUAAAGAUCCUUCGCUAUUACUUUCCCGUAAUGUAGAGUUCGGUAUUUGGACGUUCAGACCUUUCUGGACGGCCGGAGCUUUUUGGCACCUGGUCCGUUGCAUAUGUUCCUGGUAUGAUGGUGCUGCCGGCUGUCUGCGCCUGUCAUGCACCGUAUUUACGCGUUCAGCAAUGUAUGCAGGCGCAGUAUAAAAAUUUUGACUGGAUGCGUAUAACAUCCCUUCUCGUUUGGUGGCAGAUGUCUUCUUGACCAUUGCGGGCUCAGGUCUGACAGCAGAUAACGAGUUGCAACUGCUCGAUAACCUGAUAAUGUCAUCCGGGACAUGUUCGAUAAGUUCGGCACUCGACGUCGUCGUCGUAAGGAUGACGGGCUUCUUUCGUGAUCGUUCGGGCUCCUUUCGUGAUCGUACAGCUUCCCGAAGUUUAUCCGAUUCGAUUUUUGAUGAUUUAUCCGAGUUUCGUCUAAUGUACCUUGGUGAAUAUUUUGGAUGAUAAAAAGCUGAGUGGACUUUCUUUGAAAUCUCGUUGGGGUCCAAAGUUUUUUCUGAUUUUCGUUGUAAUUUGGGUGAACUAGGGGUACUUUUGCUUAGGUUAGCAUUAUUAUCCAUUACUGUCAACAAAUUCCCUGUUUGUUCCGUUUUAUCCUCUUCGGUCACACUUUUAUAUAUACUUGAAUCGCUAUGAUGCAACGAUUGGCUUCUUGGUCGGGAUUCUUCGGCGGUGUCGAAAACCUCCGAGUCUCCGUUCUCGGCAACAGUCGGAACAUCGACAAUUAUUUCUGAAGUAUCACCCAAAGCAGUCACAGCAUUUUCACCAAAAAUUUCCGGAAAAUUGUCUAUAAUGAAUUCCACGAAUUGAGGUGCGGUACUCUUAGCUUGCUCAGCGGUUUCAGCUUUCACAGAUUCCGCUGGCUUAAGUAUACUUUGAGCAACGCAGACGCCCAAGUUGAAUGACGUCAUGUUAUUUUGUUCGCAAUUUUGUGAGAUGUGGUAGAGUACGGAAAAGAAACGUUUGAUUAAUUCCAAGUUAGCGGCAGGAAGUUUUUCUGCAAGUCUGAAAAUAGAAAAGUUGAAUGUUUUAGUUGAGUGUUGUUGCUCAAUGGUUAGUGAUGUCUCUUUCACCUCGGAGACGGGGAUUUGAUUCCCGUAACUCGAAG